AUGGGAGCAUUAAUGUCAAAACUAUUUAAAAAUAGAGAAAUGAGAAUAUUAAUGCUUGGAUUAGAUAAUGCAGGUAAAACAACAAUAUUAUAUAAAUUAAAAUUAGGUAAAACUUCAAAAACAGUACCAACAGUAGGAUUUAAUGUUGAAACAGUAAAACAUAGAAAUGUAUCAUUUGCAGUAUGGGAUUGUGGUGGACAAGAAAGAAUUAGACCAUUAUGGAGACAUUAUUUUACUGGUACGAAUGCUUUAAUUUAUGUUGUUGAUACAAAUGAUUUAUCAAGAUUAGAAGAAAGUAAACAAGAAUUAUAUAGAAUUAUACAAGAUAAAGAAUUGAAUAAUUGUUUAUUGGUUGUAUUAGCAAAUAAACAAGAUAUGGAAGGUUCUAUAAAACCUAAAGAACUUAUUGAAAAAUUUGAAUUAAAUAAAUUGAGUGGGAAUCAUACUUGGUCUGUCAUACCUACUAUUGCAAUUGAUGGUACUGGAUUAGUUGAAACUUUAAAUUGGAUAUCAUCACAUUCAAAAUGA